CGGGAGCAGCGAUUCUGUCAGAUCACUACGGAGGUGACGGCAGGCAGACGACUCGCACAGAGCGACUCUUCCACCUCCAUUUUAACGGUAACGAAUGGCGACGUUUACGGACGGACGUACGACAAAGUUCCGUGACUUUGUGAACAUGUGACGCGCGCUUUUGAACGUAAGCGUAAGAAAACAAAAGUGGUUUUCUACGCCGGGCGCAGACGGCGCAGACGGCGCGGCUGAGAGGGGGGGUUGGGGGGGAAGAAGAGGGCUUUGAGUUUACGUUUCCCCUGCUCUGUGUUCUCCUCCUACAACACUAGGGAUUUGAGUCUUCCGGACGCUGCUGGACUUGUUUUUGUGAGCAACCAAGCCGGGAAUAAGGCAGUGUUUGCCCAGUCUGUGUGCGCGGAGUUCACCAUGCUGCCGAGCACGACGCUUUACGCUGUGAAGAAACGGAAGAAGCCGGUGCAGAAAAUCCCCAAACCUUCACCUCCCGAUGGCAUCAAGUCCAACCCGUCCAAACGGCACCGGGACCGGCUCAAUGGCGAGCUGGACAAGCUCACCAGCCUGCUGCCCUUCACGGAAGAGGUCAGGACGCGGCUGGACAAGCUGUCCGUGCUGCGCCUCAGCGUCGGCUACCUGAAGGUCAAGAGCUUCUUCAAUGCCACCAUGGCGAAACCCCAGAACGGCUCCAACUGGGCUGCCGACAGCAGCCUGAUGUUCGGGGGAAACGUCCAGAAAACGCUGGCUCCAUCCUCCACGACCACGUCUUCCUCCUCCUCCUCCUCCUCCUCCUCGCCCUUCUCCUCCCGUGUGACGUCCAUCGAUGGAGUGGGCUUCACCGAGGGAGACCUGUUGCUCCAGGCGCUGAAUGGCUUCGUGUUGGUGAUCACGGCCGAAGGUUACAUCUUCUACACGUCGCCCACCAUUCAGGAGUUCCUCGGCUUCCACCAGUCAGACGUCAUCCAUCAGAGUGUGUUUGAGUUGAUCCACACAGACGACCGGACUCUGUUCAGGCAACAGCUUCACUUUGCCCUCAAGCCCAAUUUCUGCAAGUCCGACGGUGCUCCAGCAAGUCCCAGUGAGCUGAGUUCUGUAGAAAUCAGCAGUGGCUUGAUGCCCUAUGAUCCUCAGGCCAUCCCUCCAGAAAAUUCUUCUUUUCUAGAGAGAAACUUCUGUUGUCGAUUCCGCUGUCUGCUUGACAACUCCUCUGGCUUCCUGGCACUGAACUUCCACGGCCGCCUGAAGCUCCUCCACGGCCAGAGCCAGAUGGCGGAGGACGGGGCGCGGGCUCCUCCCCAGCUCGCUCUGUUCUCAAUCGCCAUACCGCUGCAGCCGCCGUCCAUCGUCGAGAUUCGCACCAAGACGCUCAUUUUCCAGACCAAGCACAAGCUGGACUUUACACCCAUGGGUAUCGAUACCAGAGGGAAGGUUAUUUUAGGCUACAACGAAACAGAGCUCUGCACAAGAGGUACAGGUUACCACUUCAUCCAUGCUGCAGACAUGAUGCACUGUGCUGACAACCACUUAAGAAUGAUUAAAACAGGAGACAGCGGUUUCACCGUCUUCAGGCUGCUGACAAAAGACGGGGCGUGGGUCUGGGUCCAAGCCCUCGCCAGAAUGGUCUUUAAAGGAGGGAAGCCAGACUUCAUUGUGGCCCGGCAGAGAGCUUUGACAAAUGAAGAAGGAGAAGAGCACCUGAGCCGCAGACGUCUGCAGCUGCCGUUCAACGUUGCAGCUGGGGAGGCGCUGCUGUAUGACAUGACCCCGAUCGUCGACAGCCCCGACCAGUGCUCCAACCCGAAGCAGAGGAAAUUGGACAGCUCAUUCGUCAGCCGUGACUCCAUCCUGGGAUGCAUGCUGAGCCAGGACCAGUCCAUCUACUGUGAGCACAGCAGCACCACAAUCACCUCCCUCAAUGACGUCGCCUUCAAGGACAGCCACGCCACACUCAGUGUCCCCGGAGACAUCUGGCAGAACACUGCACCCAAGCCCGUGCCAAGUCUGCUUAAGUCGGAGGCCAUAGUUCACGACAUGAUGGAGACCCUGCAGCAGAUCCUCGGGGACAACAACAUCAUCGACAGCCUGGACGUUGAGCCUGACGAACUCAAGAGCUGGGAGAGCACACUGCUGAGGAUGAGCACCAACAACACCGACAUGAGCGAAGACCUCAACGACAUUCUCAGCAACGACAUCCUGUCCUACGUAGAGGAACAGCUCCAGAAGGAAGUUGGGCUCAAGCUGGCUAAUCCGCUGGAUGAUAUUGUCCCAGCCUCCCUCUCCACUUUGGACCUCCAAAGCCAAGAUCCUGUGCAGAGUGCAGAGCAGGACUUCAGCUGGCCUCUACAGCCUCAGAAUCAGCUGAUGGCAAACAGUGGGCAGGUGAUGAAUGGACAUCCAAUGCCAGUCCUGGAGACAAUGAAACUCACUCACAUGGAUCUUCCUCAAGUCAGUUCUUCAGGUCUAAAAGGCCCUCCCUUUCAGCAGAUUGCCUCUCAGCUUCCUAAUUCAGUUGGUCCUGGCCACAUUGGUGCUCCACUGACCUUCAGCUCCUCCUUGGCAGAUUCUUGCGCUCAAACGCAGAAUGACUUGAGGACAUUACCGGUCGCUGCCAAGGGAAACAGUCCCGGGGCGUUCAAGCACACCAAUCAGCUUCACUCUAACCAAACUCAGAACCACGGGCAGAUGUUCAACCCACAGGUCGGCCUCCAGGACCAACAAAAAGAAAACAGAAAGUUAAAUCCCGCGUUUAACUUUCAGGGCGAGCAGUGGAGCUCCUCCAUGCCCGGCUCAAACCAAGUGGACAACUUUGUACAAACAUACACCCAGAAUAUUUUGAAAGAAUCCGGUUUUAUUGCAGCUCAUCCUCCAUCGAGCUGCUUGCAGGGUCAUGACGCACUUCAGACACAAAACAAGGACAUUCAGAUUCAGCCCUGGCUGCUGGAGGAGCAGCAGCUCAUAACAAACGGGUGCCAACAGAUGGGCGCCUGCCUCAACCAAAUGUCAGCGCUUCCAAACAAUCCUCCGCCCGUCCACGUGCCCCAAACCACCGUAAAUGGCAGGCCAAUGUUCAGGACUCCUGAGACUUCAAGUCUGCCGUUUGACUUGGAGCCGUCACCUCUGCCACCUUCUAGCAGUUGUAUGUUUAGAAACGCCACCACGUCUGUGCCCGUAAACAGAGCGCACCCCGGUCACCCGGCGCCCUGCAAGCAGAUUAACCCGGUCGGCAGCAAUCAGAUCCUCUCCAAGCCCGCCUGUGUCUAUCAGGGUCUUCUUGGAGGAGGAGGAGGAGGAGGAGGAGGAGGAGUAGGAGGCUCUGUGCUGGGGGUGACGGCGUUACCGACCCCUGAUGAGUCACCUCUGUCAUGCCAAAUGACCACGGGUCUCGAGCUCAAUGACCUGCUGGUGCAACAGCAGCAGUUCCUCAACUUUAGUCAACAGACACAGGUCAACAACCAUUCAGUCAUUGGGAACAGAGGUGUCUCCUUCCCCACGCUGCCCUAUAAGAAUGCAUACUACUCAGAGAACAAGUAGGAACCCGGGCGGAGGAACUGCAGCGUCGAGGAAAGACUCCCGUCUCUAAACAUGAAAUGGAAUAGACUGAAGAGAGGAAACUGUGGCCCAGAAAUGGGUGAGGAGAGAAAACAGAAUGUCUCUCCUCAAGUUUGCUUCUGGGUAGCUGGUUUGAGGUCGAGGAAGAGAAGUCUGAAGAGGAAGAAAGGAAAUCUUCUUCUUCUCCUUUUUAUUUUUAUUUUUUUUUACUUUUGGCAAAGUUGGAUGUAUGAUUUCUUCUGUAUCUUCCCACUUCUAGUUCUCAGCAAUUUGUCCAAAAUGGAGAACAACAAUGAACUCACGGAUUGACCUUUGAAUUUUGUUGUCAUUGAUUUUUGAACAGUGGCCUCGGACAAGCCACAUUAAAAUGGGGGAUUCGUGUUUAAUUGGACUAAAGACAGUGUUUUUCCUCCUGUCACACCACUAUCUUCGACACAGAGGAGGAGAAGACGACCCCGAACUUUGCUCCUAGACUGAUUUACCUGGACGAAAGUGAAGAGAAAGAAAGCGUCCUGUUAAUCCUCUGCCGUCUUAAAUGCACCCUUGGUUUUUUUCUACUUUGAGAAGGAUGAAAAUGUGUGUUAUUUUUUUGUUUUUGAAAAUGCAUCUUGAUUAAGUUCAUUUCAACUCUUAACUGUCCCACUAAGGGGGGGGGGAUUUGCUUUGCAGACAGGGUAUUUACAGUAACCAAAGAGAAAGAAACGCACACACAAAUCAUAGAUUAUUCUUCUAACAGGCGAUGUGUAAGACCAGCUGCUUUUUUUUUUUCACUGAGCCAGCUUUGUUUCUUCUUUCACUUUUCCUCUCCUUAAUAUUUCUGCAUUGUUGUUGUUGUUUUCCUGUUGUUUUGCAGAAGAAAAAACACUUCAGACAGUGCAUUAAAACUGACACACUUGUUUGAAACUUUAAAGGGACUUUUAAAAAAAAACAACCAACAACAUAAAACAGUGUCAUGGUGGAAAUUGGUGUUUGAUACGUGACCGAAAACCAAAGUUAAACUCGCCCUUAAUUGCCUUAAUGUCACUAUGCCCAGUUCCUAUUUUAAUUAAGUGAUGAAUUGCACUAUUCCUUUGAAAGUGAUGCCAAAGCAUAGUCAACAAUAUUCACAUAAAAUGACACUAAUGAUGACAAAUUUAGCACAAAUUUUAUACGGAUGCUCUUAAAAAACUGAAUUAUAUUGCAUGAUAAAAGUCGUCAUCAUGGCUUAUUUCAAUGGAAAGCAACUUAAAUAAGUAGUAACUAAUCUAUUUUAAUAAUAUUUUAUUUAAAAAUAAUUUGACACGCGUCAAAGCAGAAUUACUCACCGCCUAAUCUAAGAUUUUUUAUUUUAUUUUAUUUGUUUGUUUCUUUUUUGACUUGAAUUUCACACUAAUUUAACCCAAUUUUCAUCUUUCCUCUCUCUCGCUCUCUCUGUCUUGUGGUUUAUGUGUGGCAUCAAAACGCUGAAGUAAAACAGUCAAAGGCAGCUAUUGUAUAUGUGUAUUUUAAAAUGAGGGAAACCAAUGGCAAAAUCACCACUUCACUGAAUGAAAUUGUACACGCACGAGGCGAGGUGAAAUCUUCAAGUGCCUUUUUUUUUUUUUCAAACGAGCUCUUAUUUUGAUUGUUUAUCCUUUAAAAAACACGACUCAGCACUUGGAUUCUAAACAAGUCACUUUUGUCAAAUAUGACAAUCUAAACAAAUUAUGACAAUCUUGGAAUACUUGGCGUAAAAAAACCACCCCCCAAAAAAUAAAGCCAUUUUGUGACGCUUUAUAAGGAUACCAAAGGGACGCAUUUAGAAUAAUGAUCACAGAACUGUUGUGGAAAAUGGUUUGUGGCGAUUUACAACCAAAAAUAAUUGUUCUUACUGUGAUUAAUGGUUUCUGACAUGUAAAUAUUGUUUGGCGUUGAAAAUUGUACGUAAACCUGGAAAUUGUUGUUUUCCGAAAGCUUCUUGCUAAUUUUUUUCCCCCAUAAAUGAGAAACAUUUUCUUUGUCCUGUCAUCAAACUUAGUAUUUUACAACUUGAAUGUUGGACUGGAGCCUUAUUUACAAGUUAGAAGUUGUCAGUCAGCGCCAUCCAUCUCUGAUGUAACGUAGUAAAGCCUUAAAUGCAGUGAAAGUAGAAGAGGCGGAUUGAGUUGGUGUUUUGUGUAAUUGCUUUGGCUCAGUUUUGUGCACAACUAGUGUCAUAAAACAGGUAUUUCAUUAGAAAAGAAAAUUAUGUGUAAAAACAGUUAUAUCCAUAAACUAUAAAAGGAUGAUCAGAUAUUGGUAGAAAUGUGACAAAUGUAUCGCAAAAAAACAACCAACAAAUGCACAAAAGCAGGCACACAUUGAAGUUUUUUUAAAUUAAAUUUGCUUUAAGAAGAACUCUCCCGUAUUUACGGAACGUCUCGAAACACAACGACCCACCAAAUGUGUUCGAUACUGACACGUUGACCACAAUUGACGCCACAGCAACUGUCGUAACGCCCUGUAAAUUUAACAUCUUAACAACGUUCUGCAGUGGAGGGACACAUUUCCGCGAAAACUGAGCCAAAGUAGUUGUAAAUCAUCAUCGUCAGCAGUGAGUCAGCAGGACACUGACUCACACGUAGGGUGAAUCGAGAUCAACUCUGAUUGAAUUGAGACACACUCUCUCCUCUCUGUUAAACCGUCACAGCCUGUUUCUCACCAAGUAUUUUGCGUAUAGAAAUACAAACAUCAUAUAUAUGUAUACAUAUAUAUAUGUAUUGCUUGCUUCUGGACUUAAAAAACAAACCAAAAAAUGCCAUUGUACUUUUUUUUUCAAAAUUCAAGGCUCCAAAAUGCAGUAUCUUUGUGUACCUGUAUAUAAAUAUCUAUAUUUGUCUUCUUUAUUUUUCAAAAAAUACAGUAUGUAUUGUCAUAUAAUGUGUAUUUUACUAUCAUAUUGGUUUAACCUGACUCACAAAUAUCAUUUUGUACAUUGUCUGCACAGCAUACAUAUAUAUAUAUAUAUAUGUAUGUAUGUAUAUAUAUAACCUCCUGUUAUUAUGAUCUUAUUUUAUGUUGUGGAUUUGCCCUCAAUAUUUUUUUUUGCUUCUAACUGUAUGAAUGUUUGAGUCAGUAUGUUCAUGCUCAACAUAUUAAAGGUGUUAAUGAUUGCACACAA